AUGUUUGCUAAUCCGCUCGAGCCAUUCCCUCAACCCAUUGGCCAACCCAGCCCAACUGCUGCGCGACGUCUCCAACGCGAUUUCCAAAGAUUACUGAGCGAACCUAUCGAUGGUAUCAUUGCUAUGCCAAAUGAAGCAAACAUCUUGGAAUGGCAUUACGUGAUCAAAGGAUCACCGGAUACCCCUUACGAAGGCGGGUUUUAUUACGGCAAGUUAGUUUUCCAACCAGAUUUUCCUUGGAAACCUCCCGCCAUUUGCAUGCUUACUCCUAAUGGAAGAUUCGAAACAAACACGCGCCUCUGUUUGUCUAUUUCUGAUUUUCAUCCAGAAUCAUGGAAUCCCGGUUGGACUGUAUCGGCGAUUCUCGUAGGACUCCAUAGCUUUAUGAACGAGGAAACAUUUGCUGCUGGCGUCCGCAACGAAUCCAAUCCGGUUCGUCGCAAAUACGCAGCUGAUAGCCGAGCAUGGAAUCUAGCGUGCCCGGAAUUCGUGCAAAUGUUUCCAACCUUGCUCGACGAAAUCGGUGCAGACACCGUGGAAGCCUCUUCGUCUAAUGACCAAAAAAGUGUACCUAAAAGAUGCGCUCAGAAACGGAGAGCGGUAGCGCACUUAGAACAGCAUAGAAACCCUCCUCGACGCGAAACUGAAAUGAAACAAGUCGAGGUCAUUGAAUUAUCAGACGGAGAAUAG